GCAUAGACAGGCCCAACAAAGAACAAACCGACCACGCCCACACGCACAAGCAACAAAAAAAGCCUUCCUUUCUUUCCUAUUGUUCGCUUCUUGGUUUCGUCGCCGCUCCCCGGCGAUCUCCGCGACCGCGACCCGCGCCGCCGCCGCAGAUCUCGCCAAGGAAACCCGGGCUCGGUUUCCACGACCGACGGGCCUAUAAAACGCGCCGCUCCUCUCCCGAUCGAGCUCCCCGAGGUGGUGCUCUUCUCCGCCGCGUCCUCCCUGCCCCCCAUCCAUCAGAAUGGCUGCCUCCACCUCUCAGCAUGCGCUCGUCUCCGUCAAACCGCGGUGUGCUGCCGGCUUCGGGCACGAUAGGAGGGCCUGCAAUGUGCGCUUUGUUUCAGCAACGAAUUGCUGUCCCAGCAGCCGGAAACUGGGUCUGGUUUACGCGUCGAAACCGCAAUCUUCGGUGAUCGAACCGACCCAGCUACCGUCGAGCCCCGAGAGCGGGAGCACCCCAAAGAAAGCAGGUGAAAGUGCGCUUAUACUGAUUCGGCACGGGGAAUCCUUGUGGAAUGAGAAAAACCUGUUCACUGGCUGCGUCGAUGUGCCCCUGACCCCGAAGGGUGUCAACGAGGCGAUUGAGGCGGGUAAGAGGAUAUGCAACAUCCCAGUUGAUGUCAUAUACACUUCAUCGCUGAUCCGUGCUCAGAUGACCGCCAUGCUUGCCAUGAUGCAGCAUCGUCGUAAGAAGGUUCCAAUUAUUGUGCACAACGAGAGCGAACGGGCACACCAGUGGAGUGAGGUAUACAGUGAGGAGACGAAGAAGCAAUCCAUUCCUGUCAUAACAGCUUGGCAGUUGAAUGAACGGAUGUAUGGUGAACUGCAAGGCCUUAACAAGCAAGAAACGGCUGAUCGGUUCGGCAAAGACCAAGUUCAUGAAUGGCGUCGCAGUUAUGACAUUCCUCCCCCAAAUGGCGAGAGCCUAGAGAUGUGUGCGGAGAGAGCAGUUUCUUAUUUCAAAGAUCAAAUUAUACCUCAGCUUGUGGCUGGAAAGCAUGUUAUGAUUGCUGCCCAUGGGAAUUCACUUCGUUCAAUUAUAAUGCAUCUGGACAAGUUGACUUCUCAAGAGGUAAUCAGCCUUGAGUUGUCAACUGGCAUUCCUAUGCUGUACAUAUUUAAGGAAGGGAAAUUUAUCAGGCGGGGGAGUCCAGCUGGACCUUCUGAGGCAGGUGUUUAUGCUUAUACCAAGAAUUUGGCCAAGUAUAGACAGAAGCUUGACGGCAUGGUUCAGUAAGACAGUAACCAUCUGCUUUAUUUCAAGCAGUGACCGAGGCUUCAUCAUUCGUCGAACAUGCAAUACCCCCUGCAAACUGGGUUAACUUCAUACUAUUGAGCAUCAGUAACCUUGAGAUAUAAGGAGUUGCUGCAGUUUGUAGCGUCUCCUCUGUUUCUUUGAUACCUUGCAGCCUGUAACACUAAAAUCUAGGGAGAGUAUAGGUUACGGUCCUGAAAGAUAAAAUGGGGAUAAAUUCUGGUUACCCAUGUGUUCAGUUUCAUUUAUUCCCCAUUCUUUAGAUGCGACUGCAACGGAUUGUGUUGGGUUGUCUGAAAUGAUACUAUGUGAUCAGAACAUUUCCCCCAUAUUCUUCUGUGAGGUCUUGGCCCAGUAUAUGAUCCCUACUCGUCCUGUA